UUUGACAGAACAUUGUCAAAUACAAACACAACAAAAUAUACACAACAUUGAAUUUCCAAUAUUAUGUACCGAGAAAGAUUCCAAGGUGGUUUGCUGACAUUGCUGAGCGCAGGCGGCCACGACCCACUCAAGGACUGGGAGGUGAAGAAACGAGAUGGAUACCUACAGAUCUUCCUCGACCAAGAUAUCAAAGCCAUGGUCUUAGAAAUAGGCGGCACCAACGUGAGCACAGCCUACCUCAACUGUCCAAAAAGUAAUAAAGAAAUUCUAGGCAUAGCAAUGCCCUUCCUCAUAAUGGUAAUAAAGAAUCUGAACAAGUACUUUACAUUCGAAGUGACCAUAAUGGACGACACAAAUGUACGUCGUAGAUUCAGGGUUGCCAACUUUCAGUCAUGCACCAAGAUCCUGCAGUUCUCAACAGCCAUGCCCAUAUGUUUGUCCGAAGGUUGGAACCAAGUGCAGUUCAACCUGGCUGACUUCACACGGCGAGCUUAUCAACGGCAGUACGUGGAGACGCUAAGACUGAAGAUUAACGCUAACGUGCGUAUAAGGAGGAUUUACUUCGCUGAGAGGUUGAUGACCGAGGAGGAGUUGCCACCUGAGUACAGGCUGUACUUCCCUCUACCGCCCGCAAAGAAGAAGCCAUGUGUGUGCAAGGAGGAGAAACCUGAUCCAGACCAAGUAUUUGCUGAAGAAACAGAGAAAGCCGAAGAAUGUCUUUGUGAGGAGGAGCCACUAGCGCCUCCAUCAGCCAGCGCCCCAGAUACAAGUAUAAAGGCUGCUAUCGAGGCUACAGAAGGUGGAGGAGACACGGUUCUGGAAAGUGGAGCGGAGACUAAGCCGGCAGCUGGUGGUGAGUGCGAAUGCAAUGACGUUCCCCAAGCCAAGUGCACUUGUGGUGCUGAAGAGAGCAAGGUCCUCACUUGCACGUGUAACCUGCCGCAAGUGGAAGGGACUGCAGAGCAGGGUGAUGCCGGUGACGCUGCCAAGGCCACGGACUGCGUUUGCGAUGUGGAGGCUCCUCCUGCAAGAGAACCUUCGCGCAAUCCUUCAACCGCGGCAAGAGCCAGCUUUAAAUAAGUGUUAAGUAUUGAGAAACAAAACUAUGAGUAUAUACACCGUAAUUUUUAGUCAUUUAAUAUUUUACUAUUGUAUUAAUAGAUAUAUUUUAGUGUGAUGACGUAAUAAAGGUAGGUAUUUUUA